UAAGUGUCCGCAGCUCGAGGGGCGCCGGAGCGGACCAGGCUCGGGGGCACAAUGCAAGAAGAGUUCCUUCUCCCCCGUGUUCUGGGCCGGGGCAGCUUCCUUGUGUGCUGAUCCAGCAUGUUCUGUCCAUCCACUGCUGGCUGUGCCCAGAAGCCUCUUCGGCCGGCCCAGGAUGGGAGAGAGGGUGUGGGAAGACUACUUCCUGCUGCGCUGGUGUGGAGUGACACACGCUGCUGCCUCUGGGCGGUGCUCCGGGUGGCAGCGAGCUGACAUGGGAAGUGCACAGCGUGCAGUGAAUAACCCUAUACCUUCCAAUUUGAAAUCUGAAGCCAAAAAGGCUGCUAAAAUCCUAAGAGAAUUCACAGAAAUAACUUCCAGAAAUGGACCUGAUAAGAUCAUUCCUGCUCACGUGAUCGCUAAAGCAAAGGGCCUUGCGGUUCUGUCGGUGAUAAAAGCCGGAUUUCUUGUGACCGCUAGAGGAGGUAGUGGGAUUGUGCUGGCGCGUCUUCCCGAUGGAAAAUGGUCUGCGCCUUCGGCCAUUGGCAUAGCUGGUUUGGGUGGCGGAUUUGAGCUGGGAAUAGAGGUGUCAGACUUAGUGAUAAUUCUGAACUACGACCGAGCAGUAGAAGCCUUUGCAAAGGGCGGCAACCUGACACUCGGAGGGAAUUUUACUGUGGCGGUUGGGCCCUUGGGACGGAAUUUAGAAGGAAAUGUCUCGCUAAGAAGCUCAGCUGCUGUCUUUACUUACUGCAAAUCUCGAGGCCUCUUUGCUGGCAUAUCUUUAGAAGGUAGCUGCUUGAUUGAGAGGAAAGAAACUAAUCGAAAAUUCUACUGUCAAGAUAUUCGUGCUAAUGACAUUUUAUUUGGAGAUAUACCACGGCCUGCUCAAGCAGAAGAUCUUUAUGAAAUUCUUGAUUCCUUUACUGAAAAGUAUGAGACUGAAGGACAACGGGCCAACGCCAGGAAAGCAGCCUGGGAGCAGAGGAGGGCUUCUGCUAAAGAACUGCCUCCAAAACCAUUGCCAAGACCACAGCAGCUGUCUGCACCAGUCCAGCCAAACUAUGCCUCACAAAGUAGCAGAAGUGAAAAUAAGCUCUACCCUGAACUUCCCAGCUGUCGUGAGAGAGCUGGCAAUUCAGACCAACCCAUAGAAGUGACAGCACUGUAUUCUUUUGAAGGACAGCAGCCAGGAGACUUGAAUUUUCAAGCUGGAGACAGAAUCACAGUUCUAUCAAAAACAGACUCACAUUUUGAUUGGUGGGAAGGAAAGCUCCGAGGUCAAACUGGCAUUUUUCCAGCCAACUAUGUUACCAUGAAUUAAAGUUUAUAUUAUUUCCUUCUUUGAGAAUUAUAAGAAAAUUAUUUCUACACUCACAGGAUUUACUAUCCAGUUAAACAAUGUUUUUAAUACAAGUCCAAAAACUCUUCUGUUUAUUCCAUAAACUUUUAUCCUGUAUGUAAAAGUUUUUUCUGUAUAUAAAUGGUUACCUUACGUACCUUUAAAUACUUUCCACUAAUUUUAUUACAUACACUAUUUAAUAGUUAAUGUCUUCCAAUGUAUGUGGUCACAUUUCUUUUGUGUUCAUUUUCAAACAUCCAUAAACGUUUGAUUUGACUUUGUACGUGAUGACUUUAAUUUGGGAAGCUUAAGAAUGGGGCAUGAAUUCUAACGGUAUUAAGUAAUACUUAGAGUUGUAGGUACUAACUAGAAUAUUAAUUCUUAAAAUUAUUUCUAUACCUUCAAAAAUUGCAUAUUUAUAUUUCAUGCACAUAUAUGUAACAUGCUAUUACACAAAAAUUCAACCACUAUUCAUUAAAAAAGAUGACAUCUAUUAACUUUCCUUCUUUGUGAGGUUAUGUUCAUUUGUAGCAGUAGAAUAAACUUAUGCUGACAUGGUUCUGUUGUCCCAAAAUAAAUGUUUUAAAUGCUAA